AUGUUAGACGCCUUCGAGAUCCUCACCACCUCCGGCGUGGUCCUUUGGUCCCGGACCACCACGACCAUUGCCGCCACUGCGGUCAACACUCUGAUUAACGAUGUCUUCAUCGAAGAAAAGGUCCGCCCUGUCCUCACAGCCUCCACCAACCCUACCUACAAGCAUGAGAAAUACACUCUGAAAUACACUCUGGUCAAAGACUUGGGUCUGAUCUUCGUCGCUGUCUACCAAUCUCUUCUCCACCUUACCUGGGUCGACAAAUUACUUGAUGAUAUCCGCACCAUCUUUGUCGAGGUUUACAGAGGCCAGUUGGAGGAACUCGACUACGCCGCCCUCAAGUAUCCUUUUGAUAAAUACUACGAUGAGGAAAUGCGCAGGUUGGAUCAGUCGACUGGCGGUGCUGUUUCCGCACAAGCCCCUCGAGUUCAAGUCGAGGAGGAGAAGCAACAGAGUGCUGAAGGGGCGGACACAGGGGGUCCUCCUCCACCAGAUCUGCCUCAGCUUCUUAAGGCGCAGCCUCGAGCUGUGCCUAAUGGUGACUCUAACCAGAGUACACCUAUUCAGUCCCCUGAUUCUUCCCGUCCUACGACCCCACUACCUGGCAUUGCUAGCCACUUGUUAUCCGAAAAGGCAAGACCGGGAAGCCGUGGCUCCCGCCGUUCAAGGAAGGCCGCCAAUGUGUCCUCUGCCAACGUAUCCUCUGGCGACGAAGCAAGACGACCAAAAACACCCAGAUCCACAACAAAAAAGGGAAGAGUCUGGGAUGCCGAUGGAAUGGCUGACGAAGCCGAAGACACCAAUCUCGACUAUUCUGUCGUCGAAUCUGAUGCAAAUGGCGACUCAGCCAUUCGAUCGCCUCUACCCGAAGCCAUCAGCCAAGACAGUUGGGGUACAAAGAACAAGCAAGGCCAAUUCGUACUCAAGGAUCUUGACGAUGAAGUCUCAAACAUUUUGAAAUCCGUCGAUACUGCCAAGGCAGACGCCAACGGCGCUGGGAGCACCAGAUUCGGUGCCAUUUCCGGCUACUUUAGGAACAUUGUGGGAGGCAAGACUUUGUCCAAGGAUGACCUAGACAAGCCCUUGAAAUCAAUGGAAGAACACCUGAUCAACAAGAACGUUGCUCGCGAGGCCGCCACUCGCCUUUGUCAAGGAGUUGAGACGGAAAUGGUGGGCAAGAAAACUGGGGCAUUUGAAUCCAUUGACACAGCUUUGAGACCAGCCCUGGAAAAUUCUCUACGCAAAAUCCUCACACCCAGAUCCUCCCUAGAUCUUCUCCAACAAAUCGAGUCAGUCGCGAAUCCCUCGGGAUCCAAAUCAAAACCACGACCAUUUGUAAUCACAAUCCUUGGUGUCAAUGGUGUCGGAAAAUCUACCAAUCUGUCUAAACUAUGCUACUUUCUUCUGCAAAACAAUUAUCGUGUGCUUAUAGCUGCAGGCGACACUUUCCGGUCUGGAGCAGUGGAGCAACUCAAUGUUCAUGUCCGCAAUCUGAGAGAAUUGACAGCUCGAGAAAAAUUGGGAGCUGUGAGCAUUUACGAACGAGGCUAUGGUAAAGAUGCGGCCAAUGUAGCGAAAGAUGCGGUCGCAUUUGCGGCUGCCAAUGAUUAUCAGGUCGUUCUGAUUGAUACUGCGGGUCGAGCGCAUACCAAUACUCAACUAAUGGCUUCAUUGGAAAAGCUGGUAGAUUUUGCCCAGCCUGACUUGAUCUUGCAAGUCGCAGAAGCUCUGGUGGGAAAUGAUUCGGUAGGACAAGCCCAAAAUUUCACCAAGGCUUUGGGAAAGAACAGAAAGCUCGACGGAUUCAUUGUGUCGAAGAUUGACACAGUAGGAUCUGGGAUUGGAACUAUGAUCAGCUUGGUCCACGCCACAUCAGUGCCAGUACAGUUCAUCGGAGUUGGCCAACAUUAUGGAGACCUUCGACAAUUGUCAGUCCCUUGGGCGGUCAAUAUGCUCAUGAGCUAG